AUGAUCUAUCAUCGACGCUACAAAAGGGAGAAGGCAGCGGAGAAAUUCGUCCCCUUGGCGCCGUCGUACGAGCUCAUACUCUCUCACAAUGAACCACCGCACAUUGACUCUACACUUUCCGUAACUGUUGAAGAAGGUCAAACGCUCCGUCUGAAGUGUACUGCCGGAGAAGGAAUCGACGAACAAACGUUGAAAUUCGAACGAGAGCUAGAGGAAGUUCAUGGAAAACGCACGCCGAGAAGCGUCAGCCAACACAUAUUUAACUUUGACGAUGCAGCCCAUAGCGGUCUGUACGAAUGUUUCGCGCGUACGAGUUCGGGAGAAGAGCACUCUCGAAAAAUGAGAGUAUCCUCAAAGGCUGUCCUCCCUACAGACUUCGCACCUUGCCCUAACGGGGAUGAUUUUUGUGGAGCCAAUGGGCGUUGCGGAUUGAAGAAUCAAGAUAAAAUUUGCGUAUGCGAUCCUGGUUACGUUGGACAGCAAUGCGAGCAUCUACUAGUGAAAGAUUAUUUGAUUACAACUGCGAAGGUUGUAGCUGGCGCCGGAGGAACACUGAAUUUGGCGCUCAUUUUCCUCACUGUACUUUUUGCUACAUUAUUUAUUAAAGAAAGAAAGCGUUUACGGCUUUUGCGAUCUCAGCAGUUCCACUCGGUGGAAGAAAGUACGUGCUUUGUGAAACCACAAAACCCAUACAAAGAGGCAGACUCUACUAGUCGAGAAAAGGUGCAUCUCCAACGAGGCUAUGCCUUCGACCAAUCUAUCCAUCGGUCUACACGUCCGUCAGCUCUACGACGAUUUCGAAUUGCUAUAAGAUAUAACCUUUUAGGAUCGUCUUUCUGCCAAACCAAGUGGAGCACCUGCAGAAACGCCACCAAUAACGUAGUAGGAUAUUUCAUAAGCAGUAUCAUGCAUAAUGUUCUCAAUCUACUUGCUACGGUCCCUAUUCAUAAUAUAUUUCAAUUGUGUUUUUGUUAA